AUAAGCAGAAAUAUUAAAAAUUUAUAAUCAAAGCCAAAAUUUGAUAAGAACAAGAAUGAAGAAAUUUUAUUUAUUUGCAAUCGAAUUUCAUCAGUGAACACUUUGUGCAGUAAAACAGAUAACGAUCACAAUGGUUUAUGAAGCUAUUCCACGCACUGUUCGUAUCCUUCUACUGGGAGAGCCGGGAGUUGGGAAGACCUCACUGAUUCUCUCUCUAGUUACUGAAGAAUUUACCGAACAUGUUCCACCUAAAGCUGAAGAAAUAACAAUACCGGCCGACGUGACGCCGGAACAAGUGCCCACCAACAUCAUUGAUAUCUGUGUGGCAGAGCAAUCACUGGAACAAAUAGCAGAAGAGAUAGAGAGAGCGCAUGUGAUAUGCAUUGUGUUCUCUGUGGACAGACAAGACACUCUGAGCAAGAUAGGUACAUACUGGCUGCCAUUCGUGAGAGAAAAUUGUAACAAUGAUGAGCGAAAACCAGUCAUUCUGGUCGGGAAUAAAAUAGAUUUGAUUGAUUAUUCCAUUAUUGAUAAUAUAUGGGACAUUGCAGAGGAGUAUCCUGAAGUGGACUGCUGUAUAGAAUGUUCUGCCAAAACCCUCAUGAAUGUGUCAGAGAUGUUCUAUAAUGCACAGAAAGCCGUGCUGCAUCCCAUAGGACCUCUGUACUCUAUUGAAGAACAGGAACUUACUGAAAACUGUAAAAGAGCACUAACAAGGAUAUUUAGGAUUUGUGACCUUGAUGGCAAUGGUUUGCUGGACGACUAUGAGAUUACAGUAUUCCAAAAAAAAUGUUUUGAUUCACCCUUGCAAUUACAGGUCUUAGAUGAAGUAAAAUCUGUAAUUGCCCAGAACAUGGCCGGUGGCAUAGAGAAUGACUGCAUCACACAGAAGGGUUUCAUUUUCCUGCACUGCCUGUUCAUACAAAGAGGCAGGAAUGAGACAACAUGGACGGUACUCCGCAAGUUUGGAUAUGACGUUAAUUUAGAACUUACCAACAGCUACCUGUAUCCUAACAUCAAGGUGGGCGCGGGCUGCACGGCCGAGCUGUCGCACCGCGGCCAGCAGUUCCUCACGCGGCUGUUCGAGCGCUGCGACCGCGACGGCGACGGCGCGCUCAGCCCCGCCGAGCUCAAGCACGCCUUCUCCACCUGCCCGCGCGUGCCCUGGCACCGCCUGCGCUACACCGUGCCCACCAACGAGAAGGGGUACCUGACUCUGCAAGGAUGGAUGUGCCGCUGGACCUUGAUGACAUUGUUAGAUUUACCGAAUACAUGCGCUUAUUUAGCGUAUUUGGGGUUCAAUUUCCAUGAAAACGACACACAGAAAGCGGCAAUACACAUAACCCGCGAGAAGAAGGUGGACCUGGCCAAGAAGCAGUCGUCGCGCUCCGUGCUGGUGGCGCACGCCAUCGGGCCGCGCGGCGCCGGCCAGCACGCCCUCGCGCGCGCGCUGCUCGGCAUCCAGCACAAGCGCGUGAGGAGCGGGCACGAGUGCGGCGACGGCGGCGACGACGCGCCCUGCGCCAUCAACUCCGUGCAGGUGUACGGGCAGGAGCGCUGGCUGGUGCUGCGCGCGGUGGCGGUGGCGCGCGUGUCGGCGCCGCUCGCGCCCGCCGAGGUGGCGUGCGACGUGGCGUGCCUGCUGUACCCCGUGCACGACCCGCGCGCCUUCGAGUACAUCGCGCGCAUCUACAUCAAAUACUUCGCGGAGAGCGACAUCCCGGUGCUGGUGGUGGGCACGGGCGGCGAGGCGGGCGCGGCGGGGGCGGGGGGCGCGGGGGGCGCGGGGGGCGAGGCGCGGCAGCUGUACCUGCUGCAGCCGGACGCGUUCUGCCGCAAGUACGGGCUGCCCCCCCCGCGCCGCGCGCCCGCCGACCCCGCGCUCUUCACCACGCUCGCCACCAUGGCCGCCUUCCCUCAUUUACAAGCAGCUUGGAUGUUCGGCAAACACAGACACCUGAAGAGCUUCGGCUCGCUGUCGGCGGAGGGCGGGGGGUGGUGGCGCGCGGGCGCGGGGCUGUGCGCCGCCGCCGCCGCCGCGCUGCUGCUGCUGCGCCUGCUGGCGCCCCCGCGCCGGUGAGCGCCCCGCCCCGCCCCGCGCUACGGCACUACAUACAUAAUAUGUAUUCUGCAACCCCGUUGCUAAAUGUUUAACAUUAAGCCGGGACAAAUUAUUUUAGACAAAAGAAGUAUAUACUUAGUGAAUAACUCUGUCUACGUGUAGGUUCCUCGAGGCGCUUGGCAAUGCCGUAGUGUGCUCGCAGUAGCAGUAGCGCGAGUAGGUGAAGCCAACGCUUAUUGCAACAAAAAAUACUUGAGUGUUUAAUUAUUAAUCGCAUGCACCUGUAACUGCCGUUUAACGAGCAGCACUCUUGUUUUGAUCGAAUGAUUUGUUUUAAAAAUUCUAUAUUUUUCGAUGUAUAUUUGUUUGGAAGUAAGGUGUCCGAAACUAUGUAUUUUACUCUCAAUAUGGUCUGUAAUCUGUAUCGGUUCUACCUAAACUGUUUUAUACACUCGCGAGCAUUAAAAUGACUCAUGACGCUAUGACACUGGAACUUUAUGAUUGCACGCGAGUGUAUAGUUUAUAUAUUGAGUGAACCUAGCUCCUGCGCGCGCGCCCGCUUGCUGCCCGCGCGGUGCUGACGCCGUUGCGUACUGUAAUUUCAUGUACAAAUCAUUCAAAGUUAUUUUUGUACCAACUGGAAUGCAAUUCAAUUAGGUAGUAGCACUUAUACAAGAUGUUCAGAACGUGGACCGAAUAAAAACGCCUAUCACCAAAUAAAAUUUGUCGGUCCAUGCGCCAAACAUCCCUGUAUAGUUAUAAUUAAGUGUAGUAAGUAAUUAGUUGCUUAAUUAUGUUUGUUAUUGUGGAUAUAAUAUUAUUAUUUAUUGUGUACAUACUAAAGUAGGAACCUACUUUAUGAAAUUACUAGAUAUACGUACAAUCAAAAACCUGAGGUAACUGCUUUCAUAUCCACUUAAGCUUCAUUAUUGUACCAAAGUUGUACAUCUGGAUAUAAAUUUAUUUAACAUUUAGUAACAUGACGUACUGGGAAACGGCAGACCAAAGAGAGAGAAUAUUAUGUUUAAUUUCAUGAUUCUUUAAAGUUUAUUGAAUUGUACGAUGUAAAUAAAUAAAUUGCUUGAAAGUUAA